CGAUGAGGUGUAUCUUUUGGUUCGUGUUGGCGGCCGUGCUCCGUCCAGUGACGAGCUACGACAUCCUACGCGAUUAUUCUGGGACAACGUUCUUUGAUAGGUGGGACUACUAUGGAAAUGAAGACAACUUGACGUUCGGCAAUGCGAAUUACCUCGACCGUGACACAGCCUCACAGCAGAGCCUCACCUACACAAACGCCAACGGACGCGCUGUCAUCAAAGUAGAUAACAGCUCAUUCGUCUCGCCCGGCCAGAACAGGAACUCGAUCCGCAUCACUACGCAAGAUUUCUAUGAAAUCGGUAGUCUAUGGGUGAUAGAUGCCACACACCUACCGUGGGGCUGUUCAACAUGGCCAGCAUUUUGGAGCACCGGUAUCAACUGGCCCGACAACGGCGAGAUCGACAUCAUCGAGGCCGUCAACAACAUGGGGAACAACCAGUUUGCGCUCCACACCACAGAGGGUUGUUGGCUUCCGGAUUACUCGUGGCAGACAGGCGACACGCGUACGAAGGACUGCUCGCAAGGCAGUGGCUGCGUUGUUGCAGUCACAGAGCCAAAUAGCUAUAACUCGGGGUUCGCGGCAGUGGGUGGUGGAGUGUACGCGUUGCAAUUCGAUGCUGCUGGGAUCUUCAUGUGGUUUUGGAGCCGUCCCGACAUCCCAGCUUCCAUCAUAAACUCGACUUCGACUUCCUCGCUUGAUAUCUCUCAAUGGGGCCAGCCCACGGCCAGCUAUCCAGCGUCGAGCUGCAACAUCUCACAGUAUUUCGGGCCACAACAGCUCGUCAUAGACAUCACGCUGUGUGGAGAUUGGGCUGGCGUUCCGGCGACCUACAACGCCACCUGCCAAUUCACGCCGACCAGUCAAUGUUACGCAGACAACGUGCCCGGAAACGGUAGCAACUUUGACGAUGCCUACUUCGAGAUAUCAUACAUCCGAACGUACACGACCUCUUCCGCAAUUCCUUCGCCGACGAGCGUCAGCACUGAGACUACCUCGUCAGCAUCACCCACACCCUCAGGGAACUCGCUCUCCAGCCCUGCAAUACGUUCCUAUUCCUUACACCUCCCUGCUAUGAUAUUGGCGGUGAUAAUAUUCGUGGGGCUGAAGAUGUUGGGAUGAUCUAUUAACGGGCUCAUGAACUUUAUGCUUCUUGGACUUAUCUUCUCGAUCUGUGGGGUUUAUAAUGGGACUCUGCGUUAUGUUAUACGAUAUACCUGAUUUGUGCGGA